ACUGCCUCCGCAGACAACUGCGCGUUAGCAAGCUCCAUCAAGCAGGAUGCAUGCAAACAAAAGUUCUCCACGAAAAAAGACGGAUGACGGCGAGGCGGACCUCACCGUCGACCUGUAUCCAUUCAUACGCGAAUACAAAGGCGGCCGUGUGGAGCGCUUCCUGCGCAGCCCAUUCGUGGCAGCGUCGGAGGAUGCGGCUGCCAACCGUGGCGUGGCAACGAGGGACGUCGUUGUCGACGAAAACACGGGAGUAUCGGCACGCCUGUUUCUUCCCUCCAACGCAGCUGCUGCUGCUGCCACCGGCGGCGAGAGGCUCCCCGUCAUCAUGUACGUCCACGGCGGAUCCUUCUGCACCGAGAGCGCCUUCUGCCGCACGUACAACAACUACGCCAGGUCACUCGCCGCGCGCGCCGGGGCGCUCGUCGUGUCCGUUGAGUACCGUCUCGCGCCAGAGCAUCCCGUCCCUGCGGCCUACGACGAUGCAUGGGCGGCCCUCCAGUGGGUGGCAUCCGUCUCUGACCCCUGGCUCUCCGACUACGCCGACCCCGGGCGCACGUUCCUCGCCGGUGACAGCGCCGGCGGGAACAUCGUCUACAACACGGCGGUGCGUGCGGCCAGCGGUGGUGGCACUGGAAACCACAUCGACGUCGAGGGCCUUGUCAUCGUGCACCCAUACUUCUGGGGCGUCGAGCGGCUGUCCAGCUCCGAGCUAGUCUGGGACGGCGGCGCCAUGUUUACACCCGAGUUCAUCGACGGGGUCUGGCCGUUCGUUACGGCGGGCCGUCUCGGCAACGAUGAUUGCCGGGUCAACCCUAUCGACGAGGAAAUCGCCUCGCUGACAUGCCGUCGUGUGCUAGUCGCCGUCGCCGAGAAGGACACCCUGCGUGACCGCGGGCGCUGUUUGGCGGCCCGCGUGCGUGACUGCUGCGCGUGGGCGGAUGAUGAGAACGCGGUGACAUUGGUGGAGUCGGAGGGCGAAGACCAUGGCUUCCACCUGUACAACCCACUCCGUGCGACCAGUAAGGUUCUCAUGGAGGCCAUAGUGCAGUUCAUCAACCAGCCCACCGCCAUGCCAUUGCCGGCCGCUUUGCUCCCGGAGCUGCACGAGCUGCAUGCAUGCGGUGGUAACAAGGAGCCAUCUGCUGGUGACAUGGGCUCAUGCUUGCCUAUUCUAGGCGUGCCUACUAGGCCGUAUAUGGACGUAUUUGGUUAUGGCAUGGCCAUGAAAGCUUCGAGUGUCCCACAAGGUAUGACACGUACUAGCUGCUUACACAUUGGUGGACAGGGGAGAAGAGCAUCCAAGACUAGAUACGUGUUACCUUUGAGCCAUGUCGUCAGGCAUGACAAGACGAACAUGAGGUUCUCGUUAUCAGCAGCAACAGCUCCGGGGACUUGUGUUUUUCACAACUUCAUCUAGUGGACGAUGGUGUACAACUCUACAUGCAUCCAUGAUCCCAGGUGUCAGAAGGUCGGGGACACCGGUUGUGCAUGCUCCAGCGUAAGUGCUAGUAAGAAUAUUACAGGGAAGGUACGUAAAAGGUUAACAGUAGGUUAAUACCAAUUACCAAGACCCCUAUAUAUCCACCACACCACCAGCUGCUUUGGGCCAAAGAAAUCUAUAUUGUGUAUGUUUUUUUUUUUGCGUGGUGUAUGCUCUUCUUUCUUAUAAACUAUGUAUGUAAGAUCGAUGUAUGAAUAAUGUACUAGUAUAUUGU